CUAACCGGAUAUAACCUGGCCCCAUCCUUUCUCCAGAAGAGACCGAUCAGCUGUCCGUCGGUGUCCGGAGUUCACGUUUCCUAAAAAAAAUAAUACAGGGGGAUUUUAUAGUAUGUCCUCCAACAAUAUGGCAGACCCGCGAAGACAAAAUAAAAUCCUAAGAUACAAACCUCCCAGCACAGAGACCAACCCCACACUGGAAGAUCCCACGCCUGACUACAUGAACCUGCUCGGCAUGAUCUUUAGCAUGUGUGGACUGAUGCUCAAGUUGAAGUGGUGUGCCUGGAUUGCCGUAUACUGCUCCUUCAUCAGCUUCGCUAACUCCAGAAGCUCAGAGGACACCAAACAGAUGAUGAGUAGCUUUAUGCUGUCCAUCUCAGCCGUGGUGAUGUCCUACCUCCAGAACCCACAGCCGAUGUCUCCCCCCUGGUGACCACGGCUCACUGAAGAGCACGACGGGGAAGGGUGUUCACCAGUGUAGGUGACAUCACGGCUAAAUGGCUCUGUGGCCAACAGCGAGCAGAAAUGGACUAAAAGUACAGUAGUGUGAUGGAAAGAGAAGACGGAGCAAAUGUGGCAAUGAAAGCAAGAUACAGAGUCAAGAUGGCGACGCCUUUGACUACGUUCUCAUCUCUUUGUUGAUCAUAGUUUUACAUUUUGGCUGAUCUGUUGCAGGAUUUCCUAAUUAAAGUUUAAAAAAAUAAA